AUGCAGCGGCUGGUGCGGGUGGCGCUGCUGUGCCUGGGCUGUGGUUUGUGCUCGUUGCUGUAUGCCUUCAGCCAGCUGGCUCUGUCGCUUGAGCAGGAGGCGCCCCGACGCCGAGGGGACCCCGCUUUCCCCGUCAGGAGGCAGCUGAGUGGCGGCGGCGGCUGGAAGGCCGUGGCGGGAAGCGCAGGCCGCAGGGAACAGCAGCAGCAGCAGCCGCCGCCGCUAGAGAGGUGUAAGAAUGUAUCUGUAUCUUACUGGAAUUCCUAUUGGAUGCUGCCCUCUGAUGUUUGUGGAAUGAACUGCUUUUGGGAAGCUGCUUGUAGAUAUGGUGUUCUGAAAGCUCGACCUUCUGAGAAAAUGCACUUGGCAGUGGUGGCUUGCGGUGAAAGGUUGGAGGAGACUGUUACUAUGCUGAAAUCAGCCAUUAUUUUCAGCAUCAAACCUCUACAGUUUCAUAUUUUUGCAGAGAAUCCACUGCACAGUGACUUCCAAGGAAAGCUUGAUAGUUUGGCGUAUCAAGAAAAAUUUAGUUAUACUUUAUACCCCAUCUCAUUUCCAACUGAGAAUGCAGCGGAAUGGAAGAAACUGUUCAAGCCCUGUGCUUCUCAAAGGCUUUUCUUGCCAUUAAUCCUUAAAAAUGUGGACUCCUUAUUGUAUGUUGAUACAGACAUCUUGUUCUUAAGACCUGUUGAUGAUAUCUGGUCUUUCCUUGAAAAAUUUAAUUCUACUCAAAUUGCUGCAAUGGCACCAGAACAUGAGGAGCCUCGUAUUGGAUGGUAUAAUCGCUUUGCUAGACAUCCUUAUUAUGGAAAAACUGGAAUAAAUUCUGGAGUGAUGCUAAUGAAUAUGACCCGCAUAAGAAGAAAAUAUUUCAAAAAUGAUAUGACGACAGCACGGCUACAGUGGGAAGAAAUUCUCAUGCCACUUCUGAAAAAGUAUAAGUUGAAUAUAACAUGGGGAGAUCAGGAUCUUCUGAACAUCAUAUUUUUUCAUAACCCAGAAAGCCUUUUUGUUUUCCCUUGCCAAUGGAAUUAUCGACCUGACCACUGCAUUUAUGGAAGCAAUUGUCAACGGGCUGAAAAAGAAGGAAUAUUCAUCCUUCAUGGAAACAGAGGUGUUUACCAUGAUGAUAAACAGCCAGCUUUUAGGGCUGUGUAUGAAGCAAUUAAAAAUUAUUCGUUUGGUGAUGAUCUGGUACAUUCCUUGUUCCUUCCCCUUGAACUGGAACUACAAAAGACACAGCAUACUUACUGUGGAAGAAUAUACAAAGUGUUCAUAAAGCAGCUAACGAAAAGCAUAAGGAACAUUUAUGAUAGAAGAUCUAAGGGAAGGUGAUCAUUACAGGUUUUUCAGACUGUUGAAUUAAACAACACAGGUGUGGGAGAGCGUAUGAUGUUUGAAGGAUAUUCACACAAGAAGUGGCAUAUUGUUCUAAUCAGUUGUUAUAUGCCCAGAUUAAUAUUUGAGUAUGGACAAAAUGAAGAUUUUUUUUAAUAUAAGAACGAAAUGAAACAAAACAAACACAUAAUGUUUGAAGGUCAAGUAGUACAUAUUUUCACUGCCGUGAAUCAGUGUUACUGAGUUUUGUAUUCAGGUUUAUUCUACAUAAUUCAGUUGCUUGUAAUCUUCAAAUGAAUACGAUAAAAAUGAAGGUCUCUAUAGUUCUGAAAUGACUUUAUACUUUUGUCAUUCCUAAUCUAAAAUUGUCCUAAACUGUGAAUGUAGCAAUAAUGGAGUCAGCACUAACCUCACUUUAAAAGUGUAAGAACAAGUUGUUUACAAAGCUCGGAAGUUAUUCCAUUUUCCAAGGAAUGUGAUGUAACGGAUGACAAUCUAUAUAUGCCUUUUGUAUUCAUCUCUUAUAUUUUAAAAUGUUUUGACAAUCGUGUGUGUGUGUGUGUGUGUGUGUGUGUGUAGGUGUGUAGUAUAAGCUGCACAUUAUAAACAGGACUUCCACUCUAAACAAGAAUAACCAGUGGAAAUAAUUGUAGCUUCCUCUGUAAUUAAUGAUAUAUUGCUAUAAACAAAAGAGCUGGGAUCCAAAGAACUAAAUAAGAUGCUAAGUGGCCUGACAUAGGCAUGCCUACUUGAGCUUUUUCUCCUCUUCUCCUCCCACCCCCCGGCACUUAGGAGAAACCCUAUGCCACACUCCAAACUGCUAUUGAAAGUCCCAUCAAUAUCCAAAGCAAGUUACUAUGCAUUAUGUGGCAUAUAGUUUGAAUUCCAUAUAAACUCAAAGCCCUCUUAGCCACACAGACCAAGUCAUAUGAUUCUUUGGAUCCUGAUCAACAGUUUAACGUGAUUGAGCCAUACUGUGGAAAAAACCUGGCUGGAUUCUGUAGUAAGAUGAGAUGUGAUAUAGAUACCACUUAUAUACUUUUUACAUUUGAAUAUAAAUGUUCUGUGUAACUUUACUGAGCAUUCUGGAAGGAAAAAAAUCAUGUUUGAAAUAUAGUGUAGUUUGUUAUUAAAUAUACCAGGGUAUCUGAAUCCUAACAGUCAUAACCUAGUGCAUUCUUAUUCACCACAAAUCUACGUUCAGUAGCUUAAUCAUAGAAAAAUACUAUAAAUGCAGUAUGCUAUUUAUCCUAAUUUGACAGUUGCUAUUUGUUUAUCAAAUAGUCAAUGCAUAUUUGGCAAAAAAAGGUUUAAAAUGUUCAGAAUUUGAGCUGUUAUAAACUUCUGAUUCAGUGAAACCAUAGUGGUGGCUCCAUGGUUCUGCAGUUUACUUAAGAGAAAUGUUGCUCUAAUAAUAGUCAUUGUGCCAAAACACUGUACUUUCUGUAUUGCAUAAAAUUCCAUUUUACUAUAUUGCUUGAUUGGUAAUCAUAUGUAUCAUGGGAAUAGAGUUGGUAAUCCCUGAACAUCAGAAUGAUGUUAUACUUUUGUCAUACCUCACAACUUUCUUUGAAGCUCUGUUUUCAGCUUUUAGCCCUUCAGGAGCAUUCACUGCUGCUGAAAACUAUACACAAUAGUAUAGUAUGUCCUUUACUCUACUUGGUGCAGCUGCUAGCCCAUAAAACCCUAAUAAGCAGUAAUGGGCAUGUCCUGUGUAUGCUGAAAUGUGCAACCUCUGCUAUUAGUAAAUAAUCCCUCUUGGUAAAAAAUUGAUUGUAAUAAAAUAUCACAUUUUAAGCUCAGUUGAUGCUAGCGUGACCAAAUUCUAAUCAUUGGGUAGUCUUCAGUUCACAAAUGAUAAAGGCAAAAAAAAACCUAGCUUUAGUGUUGGGGUUUUUUGAGGGGGAGGGGGCGGGGUAAUUGACUAACAGUACUGUAAAAGGUUUCUUAGGCUUAAAACCCUCCUCUGUCCACUUAAUACAACUCUGCUGACACGAGGCUCAAGUUAAUAUUAAAACCCUCCUGUGUGAGUAAUAAGGCAAUAAGUGUUUCAGUCAGGUUUUAAAGAAUGAAAGAGAAAAUAAAUAAUGUACUGAAGAAAUUGGUUAGGUGGCAGGUAUUAGUUCUAUUCCCUGUUGAACCUACAAACCAGAUUCUCUUUCUGUGAAGUCACUAUAACACAAGCCCCAUAUAAAGGUGAUCUUGUUUAAAGGUGAUCCUGUUCCAGUCAGCGGUUUUCAGUUGGUGGCUGACGGUUGAGCACUGAAGAUUCCAUAGCAGGUUUUAGUUGCUGAAGGCUAACUUCAAAGGCAAGGGGUCUGGAGCCAGUUUGGACCUUGCCCAAAGCAGUUUGUUUCUAAAUCUGUGCAUGAACCUUUGUCAUGCAUAUCGCUAUCAGGAAGUUGAGUGUCGUAGGCAUAUGCAUGAACAAAGGUUCGUGCACAGAUUUGGAAACAAACCGCUUUGGGCAAGGUCCAAACUGGUUCGAUGUCACCAGGCAGGGGGUGGUGAGCGGGAUUUUUAAAAAGGACUCCAUGUGCAUCCAGGCAGUGCACACAGGUUCUUGGGAGCAUGUGGCAGCGGAGAGCUGGUAAAAGAAGGCUCUCUUCCUUUUUAAAGAUCCUGCUUGCUGACCACCCCCACCACCUCGGCUCGGCAGUGCCGAACUGUUCUGGCUCCGAACCUCGAUUUGUGUGCAUCCCUACUUUCUGAUAGCUUCUUGAACAACCUGCUUCCUCUCUGCCUUUCCCAGAGAUCAGUUCCAAUGUAUCUAUCCUUACAAUAUCUCCCCUGAGCUGCCUUUUCCCCUCCUCAAAUUCAUCUCUGUCCUCGGACACCAUCCUGUGCACUUCUUCCCCCACCCCCAAAAACCCUCCCUUUGAAAUCUUUAGCCAGAGCUAGCCAGUUAUAGUUCAAUUGUAACUCUUUUAAAGUGAUUAUCCAGUACCUUGCCUGUGGAGCUCUUCUAUUGAUCUGCUUAGAAUGUUACCUAAACCCUUAAGUUUUUACCAGAACAAUAGACAGAACUAGAACCAGCCAGCCAAGUAACCAAACUCUUCACUAAUUUAGAAAGUAGCUGCUCCAGUUCACCUUGAGAAUAGCUAUAACAUGUAAUUACCAACACAGUCAUAUAAAAAAGUCACAAGAUAAUUUGCCCCAAGCACCAUUUACAGUGUUUUGAAAUGUUGCUGUGUAGUGGUUCCAGCAGAUGAUGCACUGAGGGGAAUAAUAUCUUCAUAUUUUGAAAAUGAGCGUUUGACUCAUUGAAAGGCAUUACUUCAUCUCCUUUUGUUUCUAAGAGAAUCCAUGGGCUUGCAUGCUCCCCCUCCUCUCUCUUGCACAUGAGAAGAGAGUGAAAGCUUCCUCUUUCAGUUUAGAAACAAACGGCAGUUCUGUGUAUGUACAAACUCAACAGACUGCAGUUUGUCCGCUAAUUAGAGCAGCACUGCACAGCUUUAGCUCUCCAGCUAUUGUUGGGCUACAACUCCCAUCAUCCUUCACUAUUGGCCACUGUGGCUGGGGAUAGUGGGAGUUGUAGCCCAACAACAGCUGGAGGGUUGAAGAUGUGCAGCCUUGCAAUAAAGUUAGAAUAACCCGGGAUAUCAGACCAUGAGGCUCUACACAUUAUCUGUGUGUAAUGCCUAACUGGGCUCUCCCCACACACGAGCAGGGAGCCAUCCCUGGUGGCCAGAUCAGCUGCACACCUGGCUCCCGGAAGUCCCAGGAUGCCCCCGAGGCUGGGAGGCUUGUUGAAGCCUCCUGGUCAGGGGUCUCCUCAUGAGUCACUGUGGCAUGGAUACAUGCUGUGGCGUCUCACAAGCAAACCAGGUUGACAGAGCACUUGCUCUGUUAACUUGGUUUAAGGUGAGGGGGGAUUAGGUAAGCUAGCUGCUGUGGAACCACGGGGAUCACCCGCGAGCCUGGCGGUUCUCACGAUCCACAGAAACUGGGUUGGUUGGGCCUGAUUUCUGUGGUUCGUGGGAAUAGCUUCCACAAACUGCAGUUCUCCUAGUUAAUAUUUAACAUAAAAAUGCAGGUUGUUUUAAAACAAAAAUGUUCACUCUCUCCUUCACACAUGUGAGAAGGGUAAAAGCGCAAGCCUGUGGUUCUCUUAGGCUAAUUGUGUUGUGUUUGAAUAGAGCUGUUGAUAUCAACAUAGGCAUAUUGGAGCUACAGCAUUAACUAAAAGUUUAAAUUAACUUUUUACUUUUAAAAUUAUCUCUUGAGUUAAAAAAACCAACCACCUCUCAAUACUGAAAUGUGUGUAUACAUAAAUGUUAAAUUCUUAUGAAGUUAUAUUGUAAUUUUACUUAAAUAUAUUGUGUAUAUACUCAAGUUUGUUUAGAAAAUGAACAGAAUUGGAAGCUAGGUUUCCAAGCAUUGUUAUAAUUAUUUUUACAUAAACUCUUUUUAAAAAAUUA